CAAGAACUAUUCGUAUUGAUAUAAAGUAAAAACAAUACAUAGUAAUAAUUUAUUACGUAAGAAUUUCCAAGCUCCUCCCUGUUCUUUUUACCAAAACAACAUGGCAGGUCAUACAGCCGGCGACCCUCUCGAGUGUUUCAGUAUUCCAAUUGUCCUCCAUAAAGAACCAGAACGAGAUGACCAUGGAAACCCUGUUGUCGGUACAGAUGGCAAACAGAAAUAUCGAUGUGGUUUUCGUAUUGGAGGCGGAAUUGAUCAAGACAACACAAAGAGCCCCCAGGGCUAUCCAGACAAAGGUAUAUAUGUGACGUAUAUUCAUGAAAAUGGUCCUGCUGCACGAACUGGGCUUCAGGUUCAUGACAAAAUACUUCAGGUGAAUGGUCAUGACAUGACUGUAGCUACACACAAAAAGGCUGUAGAAUAUAUCCAACGGAAGCCAGUUCUAAAUAUGUUAGUUUACCGUAAAGGUGUGCCUCCACUACAGAAAUCUCCUAGCCAGCAGCAAACACAGUUCCAGGCAUACAACCAACAAGACUAUUCACCGCAGGCACAGUACCAACAGCGGCAGUACUAAUCAUCUCAUUGCACAUUCUCUGUCUCUCUCACUUCUCUCUUUCUCUCUCUUCAACAUACAUCACUUUACAUCAUUAUCAUUUUCAUCUGAUUAAUUUUUAUCAGAUGCCAACACCAUUUUUUUCUCACAACAAAAAUAUCUCAUAUUCUCUUUCCUUUAUUUUUUUCUAUUUUUUCUUCAACUUAUAAACACAAAUUGUGAAUGAAUGUAUGUAUGUGUUUGUGUGUGUAUGUAUGUGAACUGGCUCCAUUUCUUUGUUGGAAUAACUUCAAUGCUAUGAAGAUAGCAGCACUUGUUUCCUUUCUGCUCUGUAUGUUAGGCUUUAUGCCUCAAUAAGAAAUCCUAUUAUUGUUUGUGUCUGUAUAGUGUGUGUGUGUAUAUAUAUAUAUAUAUAUAUAUAUAUGAAUAUUUUUACUGUUUAAAUCUUUUUGUGUCUCUUUGUUAUUUUGCCCUUCUUUCUUAGAAAUCUUGGAUAUAUUAUCUGAAAAUCAGGUGCCAUAAUCAUAUUGUAUAACUAAAUAAAAAUGAACUACCUUUGAAUUACACUCAUAUUUUUAUCACCAUUUUAUUGAGUUUGUGAAUCUUGAACUGUUUCUAAAAAUGGAAAUGUAUUUAAGUAAAUGAUCUGCCUUGUGUGUGUGUGUGUUGUGUUCAUUUGAAGUUGGGGAUUCAUUUUGUUGCUAUUCAGAGACUCUUCAUUUGGUUGUUACUUGAAGGAUUGCAUGUAGCAAGAAUCUAUUGAACAGUGGUGGAGAGAAUCCUCAGCUUUGCAUAAGUAAGUUCUACUAUAUAUAUUGAAUAUACUUUCUCUCAUUUGUACAUCCUUGUGUGUGUUGCGAGGUCAGGCAGCCAAAUUAAGACAGUUUGUGUUUAUAUUUUGUGUAUGUUUAUUUGAAAGGAUAUCAUUUAAUGUUACAAUUGACUGAAUACAAAUAUGGAAAACUGAGCAUGCCUUCUAACAUCAUCCACAGACCUGAAUGCCUUUCUAAUGGCAGUCUUCAGCUUAGUGACAUUGCUGUGAGCUGUUGCAUUGGACAUGUGCUCAAUGAUGCUCCACAUCCAAAAAUCGUAACAAUACAGAUCUGACAAGCUAGACUCCCUUGGAGACAAAUAGUGAAAGCUUCAUCUUGAAAUAAUCCUGCACAUGCUCUGAUAUAGGUCUUAUUGCAGACUCUUGGAUGAACAUAACCUCAUUCAGAUUAGAAUGUCUAAUAAUCUAUAUUACUGGAAUUCUAUCAAGGAUGUUUGACUAUUUAGUCAUGUUGAUAAAAUUUUCUUCGAUAAAAUGAGGUGGUAUCACUUAGCUUUUGUUUGCAAUGGCUUACUCCCAACACCAUCACUGAGGUAGGAUCUUAUUUUGUAAGACAGCAAUAACUUCAGAAGGCUGAAAAGCAAUAACCCUGCCAUUGUGAUGAUUAAUGACUUGUCUAACCAUGAAUUUGUUUUUGUUGACAAAGAUCUUUACUUUCCUUCCCAUAUGAUUCAGAUAAUUGAAAAGCUUUGGGGCUCUCUCAACCCUAAUAGCUUUAGAGCAGGCUGUGAGAAUGCAUCAACACCAUUGAAUAUUGACUUUAUACUUAAGUAGCUUUUAACAGCUUUAACUAUUGUCUUCCUGCUCACAUUGUGGUCUUUGGCAAGCUGAUAGUGAUUUUUGUGGUCUUUGGUAAUGAUAAUGAUUUUCUGUGAUAAAUCAUUUCAAAUCAGCCUGAAAGGUACAGGUACACUUGCAAUCACUGUGGGUAAAAUGACUAGGGAAUAUCUGAGCCUUUAGUUUACCCAGAGUACAGUAAACUGUUCCCUUUUUAUACUUUGUAUUGAUAAUGAUGUCAUAAAGGCCUUGCUCAGCAUGGCUCAUUUCAGCAAUAACAUUUUGUAGCAGUGAUUCCCUAACUUGAGUAUAAUCUAUCACAAUGUGUAAUUAAAAAAAGGACAAAGUCAAUAUUUUAGACUUGUUACAUAUAAAAUAUUAGCUCUUAAUUCAUGGUAUCAUAAUAUUUUAAAAGUGGGUUCAAUUUAGCUGCCUCUGUGUGUGUGUAUUUGAAUUUCAAUCUGCGUUGUGAAUAAUCUGUGUAAUAAUAAUUGUUGUUUUCAGUUUUACACUUUGAUGUUAGAAGCAGAUUUAUUUCAAACUGCCACCAUUUAUUAUUAAUAGCAAUACACACACACACACACACACACACACACACACAGUGUAUUUAUUAGGUGGGUGUCAUAGUUUAUAACUCAUCCACUUUGUGAUUUUCUAAAUAAUUUCUCAUAUUUUUCAUUUUUUUCUCCCAUUUCUUUUUAAAAAAUUCAUGUACAGUGUUUCUGACUGAUUCUAUUGUUGUUUCCUGUUAUAAACAAUAUGAAAUAUUUAUAGAUAAACCUUUUUUGGCAUCUGUGGAAAUCAAUUAAAACAAAGUAAAACAUUAUCAGCCGACUGUUCUAAGUCAGAUUUGAAAUCCUGCCGAUCCAAAUCCUCUAUUUUAUUUAUAUUUGUUUUUUAAAUUUAUUUUUUCAUUAUUACUAUUCCUUUCAUUAUUAUUAUUAUUAUUAUUAUUAUUAUUAUUAUAUAUUUUUUUGUUUCUGAGCAUGAGAUAGUUGCCAAGUUAUUUAGUCCAGGUCAGACAUGAUCUAGCUGACUUUUGGAUCGAAGGUGUUCUGACCAAGAACCAUUUUCCCCAAGGUGCAAAGUAUGAAGUCCUAUUUCUUUAGAGGAUACGGUGUUACUUGAGGGAGAUUUAGCUCAAGUCAAACGAUCAUACAGCAGCUUGCUCAUUGGUUCAUGGAAUGUAUUGUGUCUAAUGUAUGUGUACUUAUUAGUGGGUGGGGGAACAAAUACAGAAGGCCAACUGUAUACAGGGUCUUUGGCUAUAAGGUCUGUAUUUUUAGUUUUUUUAUAAUCACACAUUGGACUGCAUGUACUUGUGGUUGGUCAAGUGACUGUGAUAAUUUCAGUAAUGAAAUGGUUUGUUUGCUUGUCUUACUACCUGAUCUAUUCAUACACUGUCAUGACAGUGUGCCUUCCUUCGCGUUCUUGUACCAGACAAACCCUGUAACAGAACAGCAGUCAGUUACCAACUGUCUCUAAUAGAUGUUUGGCUGAUCACAUAAAAGGGUGUGACAUGUACUGACAAAGUAUGCACCUUUGUUUUAAUUGUAAGCAUCGAUGGCAGUGCCCUGACAUGACCACAAUUCACAGGAUGGAACCAAUAAAAGAGUAUGCUGCGCACGCACACACACACACACAAACACACACAAAUGAGUUAGAAUGCAUUCUUGAUAUAACUUGCUGGACUGUAUAAUAAUUUAUUCUUAAUGAGGAUGUUUGUAGAAGAAAAGAAGAAAAAAAAAAUAUUAUUGAUGUUAUGAAAUAUGUGGUGCUAGUAUAAUUGUUGAAUAGUUUGAUCCUUCUUAUGAAUUCUUAAUUCAAAGAACUUGGUUUAUUUCCAGAUCUUAUUAUCUUAAUAAUAACUAAAAAUGAAAGGAAAAUAGAAACCAAAGAAGUGAAGUGCCAUCAUUAUGGAUCUCACUGCUAUUGAUUUGGUUUUACUUUGACAUUGAUGCCAUUUCAUUUAGCUUUUGUAUGCUUGAGAAAUGGAUGGACAUCACAACAUUCAGUUUUCCUGCUCUUAUAAAUCUAAGGCUUUGUGCUCAAUUUAAAAAAAAAAAAAAUUUUUUUUAUCAAUAACUGUAAAAAGCAGUUUUUGAAAUGUCAAAUUUCUCCUUUUGUAGAAAAGUGUCUGGAAGAUUCUAUUGAUUUAAUCUUGUGAUUAAUUUUUUUUCUUUUCUUUUUUUUUUUUUUGUGAGGAGGAGGGACCAGUAUUCCUACUAUAUCUGCUAUGAGAAAAAUAUAUUUUGGGUAUUUUUGCUUUUUGGUUUUGAUCAACCAUUAGUCUUUCCUUACUCAGAUGUCUAUUCAGAAACGUUUUAUGUUUUUUUUUGUUUUUUGUUUGUUUUCUUUUUUUUUUAAAUAUUUUUCUGGGAUAGAUUUACUCCAUUGAUGUCUGUGUCAGAUGAUUAUAAACUGCUGUUAAUGUGUAAUUGUGGCCAAAAUGUGAAUAUUGUAGUAAUUACUGAUUACUAAUGUAAAGAUUAUCUUUAUUAUUAUUAUUAUUAUUAUUAUUAUUAUUAUUAUUAUUACAAUUGUGAUGAAUGCCAAAUUUAUGAUUUUUCACCCCUGUUUGGAACCAUCUCAAUUCAUGACUUGACUGUUUGAAAAUGCAUGAGCCUCACAACUUCCUGUGCCCUAAAAAUGUCAGGUUUCAUGUCUUAAUAAGAAGCAGUUAUUACUAUUUAGUCUCUAUUGUAAAUAUUAUCGUGAUAACCAUGUUAGUAAGAAGUUAUCAUGUUAGUAAGAAGUACUGUACCAUAUGAUAGUAUAUGACACUUGUUAGAUUCAUCAAUGUUUAUCUGUUCUUAAGAUCUGUCAUUCAUCAAUAUUUUUUUACUUCGAAGAUGAUGAUGAUGAUGCAAUUGAUCUAACUUGAAAUAUAUAUUGUCCUCAAUGUUGGCUCCUGCCAACUCUGAUUAGAAAAUGUUGCAUGUGUUUAAAACUUGUUAUACUAUUUUUAUGUGAAUUUGGGUUCUCUGUUAAACUGCAGGCUUAAGUUGAAGUUUGGAUUUUGUGUUGACUCAGAGGCUCAAAAUGAAAUGUGGAUAAUUAUAGACUAUAAAAUUAUUGGGUUCUGUUAAAUCAACUCAAAAUGAAAUGUUGAGAGAAAUAUAUAUAUAUAUACUGUAAUGUAUUUGAUCCCCUGAUGAGCCAGAAGCACAGUAUGAUUUAUGAAGACAUAUAUACCACAAAAUUUUGGAUUUUCUAUUGAGCUUGUAUCUCAGAAGAUGCUAAGAAUAAAACAAUGAUUGGCUCUUGAUGGAGCUACCUGCUGAAAAUGAGGUUUGGAUCAAAUGGAAGAAAAAUUGAUCUGUGAAUUUUGACAUUUUGUGACUUUGUUGUAUUCAGUUAAUAUUUUAUGGUUAGUGUAUAUUUUUUUUAACCUUUAAAUUGUCUGUGGAGAUUUCCACCCAAUUCUCCUUUCCCCAAAGAAAAUAAUUAUUCAUCGAUUCGUAAAGAAAGAUCUUAAUGAUUUUUAUUUUUCUAUAUAUAUUUUUUUAAAUGUUUCAAAUUAAUUUCCAAAUUUUACUGAAUGUCAUUCUAGUAAAGUUGUAUUAGGAGCUAAUGCUAUUAAAUUUUCAUAUUAUUUUUGUAGAUUUUUCUUGUUUUUAUCUCGUUUUAUACAGUUUUAGAUCUGCAGUGGCUAAGAAAAGACUACCUCUUGCUUCAUUCUUUAUAUUAAUGCAUACAUCUGCAAGUGCUUGUAUGAUUGUCCUAGGAUAAGAAAUAAAUGCUUCCAUAAUUAAGAAACUAUUCUGUAAGUUUUCUCCCCUUAUAAAUUUGCUUCAUAAACUUCUGUCUGUGACUAAAGAGAUUAUUCAAAUGCACUCAUGAAUGUAAUUAAGGAUUCUAUCUUCUCCUCCUAGUCACUCAAACUAAGGCCAAAGAUUUUUUUUUUGUUAAUUUUGCUUUUUUUUUCCCCUCCUACCGCAGCUGUGUUUUUGUAUAUUGCUCAUUGUUGUCUGAAUAUUUGUUUCUGAGAGUCUAGAGAAAUUAUAAUAAUGAUAAUAACCAGACAAGUUAAUGCCUGGGCUGUUUUGUCUUAUUGUUUCCAUGAUUGUGUAAUAAAAAAAGUCAAUAAAAUACAUGAAAAUUUCAUUAACUUA